AUAAAGUGAUGUGACACAGAACGAAAUUUUUUUUCAUCUGCGAACGCUGAUCUACGCCGAGCCAAUGAGCGCUCGAGUUCACUCAGUGGUGGGGGAAAGCAACAGUCUUUUGUCUGAUACAGCAGUGCCACAACUCCGUCGCUACGCAGCUCCCCCCCACUACCUCGAGUAAAUCAGAGAGCGCUUUCUGAUUGGUUCGGCGCUGCUCUGCGAAACGAAGGUAAUACCCGUUCGAGAAAAUAUUGUGCAUCGUACGUUCUGCAGAAUCUCUUCGUUUUUCGACUUGUUUUGACGUUCUCUCAGCCUAUCAAAUAUGUCUGGACGCGGCAAAGGCGGAAAAGUCAAGGGCAAGUCAAAGACCCGCUCCACCAGGGCUGGACUCCAGUUCCCAGUCGGGCGUAUCCAUCGUCUACUCAGGAAAGGAAACUACGCCGAGCGCGUUGGCGCUGGUGCCCCGGUUUACCUGGCUGCCGUCAUGGAGUAUCUGGCUGCUGAGGUACUCGAGUUGGCUGGCAACGCUGCUCGCGACAACAAAAAGACCAGGAUCAUCCCUCGUCACCUCCAGCUGGCCAUUCGCAACGACGAGGAGUUGAACAAAUUGCUGUCCGGCGUCACUAUUGCUCAGGGCGGAGUCCUUCCCAACAUUCAGGCUGUGCUUCUUCCCAAGAAGACUGAGAAGAGCUCUUAAAUUUUUGUUUGCCCUAUAUUAUAAACAAUCGGCCCUUUUCAGGGCCACCAAAAAAUUCAAACGUUGAAACAAACUGUUUAUUUAUGAUCAUGAAUAUAAUUAUCUUGUAAUAAAUCUAAUAUCAGAUGAA